AUGACCAGCCAGGACGGCGACCGGCUAUUAGUGACGAGCCAGAACGGCACAUCGUCACAAAGAGUAACGCUCCCAACAGCACCCGAUCUUGAAGCGAACAGACCGUUGCUAUCAAGAACAUCCACCCUUCAAGGUUCCGAAGGUCAACCAGUGCGCGGAUUGAUGUCCGACAAGAGUUCCCAGAGAAGUAUGGGCGGCUUUUGGUCAAGACUCCGACUCGAUGCGAGGAUAGUGUCCGAUUCGAUAUUGGGAUUGUCGGAUGGUCUCACCGUACCGUUUGCCCUCACAGCAGGCCUGACGGCUUUGGGAGACACUCGAGUCGUGAUAUUGGGAGGCCUUGCAGAACUCGUUGCUGGAGCAAUAUCAAUGGGACUAGGCGGAUAUGUGGGGGCCAAAAGCGAAGUAGACUCGUACCACGCAACAGAUCGAAGUUGCGAUGAUUUGAUCUGGCAAGAACCAGACACAGCGCGAGACUAUGUCCAAGAAUAUUUUGAGCAAUUCGGAUUGUCCGUGGAAGACACCAAACGGAUAGCGGACCAGAUCAAAGCCUCACCUCCAACAUUCAAAGAAUUUCUUAUGCAACAUCAUUUCCAAGCGGCCAAGCCAGACACUGGACGGCCCUACCUCUCAGCCAUUACCCUGGGAGUCAGUUAUUUCGUCGGCGGAUUUCUCCCGAUGAUACCAUAUUUCCUCGUGCCCCGAAACGAUGUUCUAGCCGGACUCUGGUGGAGCAUCGCAUUGAUGGGGGUUGUCCUGCUGCUCUUUGGCUAUGUCAAGACUGGAGUCGUUCGAGGUUGGACAGGCAAAGACAACUAUCGGGCUUGCAUAGGAGGAGCAGUGCAGAUGCUGGUAGUAGGAGUGUUGGCAGCAGGUGCCGCAGUGGCUCUGGUUCGACUCAUCAAUCAGAGCUAA